UGUUAAUAUUUUAGUAUAUAUUUUUUUAAUUAUGAGAUAUGUUAACAUAUGUCACAAUCCUAAAAUAUAUACUUGUUAUGUGUCGCAAUCAUGUUAAUUAACAAUUUUGAAGAAUCAAACUUUAUAUAAUAAGAUUUUACAGUUUAAAAAUAUUUUUGUCUUAUUCUAUUAACACAUAUUUAUAUUUUAGGAUACUUAUAUUGGAUAUACAAUAAUAUUUUUGACUAUAUAAAUUUAGUCAAUAUAUCAUAAAUUGAUAAUUUAUUUUAGAUAAAAUAAAAUAUAUAAAUUUUAUGAUAUAUUAAAAUUAAUUGAUAGAGGUUUUUACCAUGAUUCUGUCAAGUGACAUGGGGUCAAACACCUAGAAAGCUUCCAGUAACAUGCUUGCACACGUAGUACAAUACUUGUCAAUUACUCCCUCCGUUUUUUAAUAUAAGUCGUUUUACAGCUAUGCACGUAGAUUAAGAAAACCAUUAAUUUCUUAUAUUUUCUAAACAAAAACAUCAUUAAUUAUUUACCUAACCACAAUUCAACCAAUAGAAAAAUAUAAGAUAUAUUACCAUUGGUUAUAUAACAUUAAUUAUUAAUAAAUUUUACAUAGAAAACCGAAAACGACAUAUAAUUUGGAACAAAAAAGUUUCUCUAAAACGACUUAUAAUAAAAAACGGAAGGAGUAUGUUUUUGUAUUAGCAUUUUACCAUUAAUUCCGACUAAUCCAUGCCACAUGCAAAAAAUUAAUUUCACAGAAUUUGUUUUUCUUUUACGGGAAAUACAUCAUUCUUGAUUUCUUUAAUUAUCAAAUUUAAUAUAGUUUGACUAAAUUAAAUAAGAAGGAGAAGAAGACCACCUCCUUACAUACGCCCAGGAACAUGAUAAAAAUGGCUAAAGACAAUUGCUGAAAGCCGUGGAACAACAAACCAGCGAGACGACAAAUUAUCCAAGAAAGCCUUAGAUCGAUCGAUAUCAUGAGUACUCAAGCGACGGGGACUUCGUCAACAUCAGGGAGGAGGAGAGGACCACCACCACCUUCCAAGAAACCAGACCAAUCAGAGCACCACGGAAGCUUCGUCAACGUACCAAACUCACCUCAACCUCCCUCUAACGUUGAGAGAACAGUUAAAAAUCUUCGGUUAGACAAAGCCAUCACCAUCCCCGAAGGCACCACCGUCUUCGAAGCUUGUCGGAGAAUGGCUGCCCGUCGCGUCGGCGCCAUUCUCUUAACCAACUCAAGCUCCCUCCUCUCCGGUAUCUGCACCGACAAAGACAUAGCUACAAGAGUCAUCGCCGAAGGGUUAAAACCGGACCAGACUCCUGUCUCCAAAGUCAUGACGAGAAACCCUGUCUUCGUCACCUCUGACUCCUUAGCCUUGGAAGCUCUUCAAAAAAUGGUUCAAGGGAGGUUCAGACACUUGCCCGUCGUGGAGAACGGCGAAGUCAUUGCUAUGUUAGACAUCACGAAGUGUUUAUACGAUGCUAUCUCGAGGAUGGAGAAAGCAGCCGAGCAAGGAAGCGCUUUAGCUGCUGCUGUGGAAGGUGUCAGAGGAGCUGGUUUCAUCGAGACGUUGAGGGAAGGGAUGUUUAAACCCGCCUUGUCGACGAUUAUCACCGAUAGCUCCAAAGUUGUGCUUGUAUCACCAUCAGAUUCUGUCUACGUCGCUGCGAAAAGGAUGCGUGAUCUGCGCGUAAACUCUGUGAUCAUCUCAAUGGGGAGCAAAGUCCAGGGGAUACUGACUUCUAAGGACAUUCUUAUGCGCCUUGUAGUCCAAAAUUUAUCUCCUGAAACGAUUCUUGUUGAGAAAGUGAUGACGCCGAGUCCUGAAUGCGUCUCCUUAGAGACGACGAUUCUUGACGCGUUGCAUACGAUGCACGAUGGGAAGUUCUUGCAUCUUCCGGUGUUGGACAAAGACGGUUCGGUUGCAGCUUGUGUUGACGUGUUGCAGAUCACCCACGCGGCUAUCUCGAUGGUUGAGAACAGCUCUGGUGCUGUGAACGACGUGGCGAACACCAUGAUGCAGAAGUUUUGGGACUCGGCUCUUGCGUUGGACCCGGUUGAUCAUGAUUCGGACGGUCAUAGUGAAAUGUCGGGGAUGAUGAUGAUGCAUCGUCAUUCAGAUAUUGGGAAGCUCACUUCUUGCGCUUCUCUAGAGCUAGAGAACUCGUUUUCAUUCAAAGUCAAAGACCUUAAGGGCCGUGUGCAUCGGUUUAGUUCCGGUGGUGAAAGUCUUGAAGAGCUGAUGGGUGUUGUGAUGCAAAGAAUCGGUAUUGAUGUGGAGGAACAAAGGCCUCAGAUUAUGUAUGAGGAUGAUGAAGGUGAUAAGGUGUUGAUUACGUCGGAUAGUGAUUUGGUUGGUGCUGUUGCUCUUGCUAGGUCUACUGGACAGAAGGUGUUGAGGCUGUAUCUGGACUUCACCGAGACAGAAACAAGGAGCUUGGGUUUGGAAACGGGUCAACUCAAGAAAGUGAGUACUCUGGAUGGAAAGGGAUGUGGCGGGUGGGUUACAUGGCGUGGUGGUGUGGUGGUUACAGGAGCUGUUGUGAUAACGGGCGUAGCUGUAGUUGUUUACUUGAAACGCUCAAAGACAUGAUUCUAAUGUUGCAAAAUAACCCUCUUUCUUUUUAUUAUUGUAAGCUUCAUAUAUACAAUGUUGUCAGUUUGGG